AUGGUGAACACUGUAUUUGGUGUGGAAGAGGAAGGACCAGCGCCGACUUUGGGUAUGGUAUUUGGUAGUUGGGAUGAGGUAGAUAGUUUUUAUUGGAGUUAUGUUAAGAAAAAGGGGUUGGGUAUAGUGAGGGAUGCUGCUGGGUUUGUCAAGGUGAAGAAGGAAUUAGGAGAUGGAAGGUGUUAUAAGCAGAAAAGGAAUGCUAAGUGGACUUGCGAGUGCUACGGAAGACCUUCCAGGAAGCGUAAAGUGGAUGCACUUAAGGAAGGGUUGUUGCAAGAUGAGGAAACAGUUGUGAAACAGAAGACGAAAAAUUGCGGGUGUCAUGUGGAGUUGUAUGCUAGUGUUGAUGAGGAAGUCAAUUGGGUUGUUCGAAGGCUACACUUGGGGCACACUGGCCACAUAGUUACACCGGAAAAGUCAAAGGAUGUAACUAUGUUCAGGAAGCAUGAGUUGGAUGUGAAAAAUGGACACUUGGUGAACCCGAUGUGUAAUGCAAAGAAGUCUAGGGUGAAGGUAUUGCAGAUGUACAAUUGUUUUGCGCGGGAACAAAACGGAGUGGAUCAGAUGUUAUUUACGCAAAAAGACUUGGAGAAUGCAGUGGCUGAGAAACAAAGACUGGAGCUUACUGAGGGUGAUGCGAAUGGCAUGAUAGAGUACUUCAACAAAAUGAGUGUAGACAAUCAUAAUUUUUUUCUUCUUUGUAGGUUUGGGAAGGAUGGUGCAUUACAAGAUGUUGUUUGGGUAGAUGCAAGGAGUAGAGGUGCGUAUGAGGAGUUUGGAGAUGUGGCCUGUUUUGACUGUACAUACCUGACAAACAAAUUUCACCUUCCCUUUGCUGUGUUUUUCGGUGUGAAUCACCACGGGCAGAGUAUACUAUUUGGUUGUGCAUUGAUCUCUCAGGAGACAGCAGAGACCUACGAGUGGGUGUUGAGGACAUGGCUACAUUGCAUGGGAGGCAAAGCUCCUAUCUCGAUCCUAACGGAUUAA